AAAUCUCUCGGCAGGUAUGUCGUGCUGGACCUGAUGGAGAGUGACCUGCACCAGAUCAUCCACUCCUCCCAGCCCCUCACCCUGGAGCACGUGCGCUACUUCCUCUACCAGCUCCUCCGGGGCCUCAAGUACAUCCACUCGGCCAACGUCAUCCACCGGGACCUCAAGCCCAGCAACCUCCUGAUCAACGAGAACUGCGAGCUGAAGGUCGGCGACUUCGGCAUGGCCCGGGGCCUCUGCACCAAGCCCGACGAGUACAAGUACUUCAUGACGGAGUACGUGGCCACCCGCUGGUACCGGGCCCCCGAGCUGAUGCUCUCCUUGCACGAGUACACCCAGGCCAUCGACAUGUGGUCGGUGGGCUGCAUCUUCGCCGAGAUGCUCGGGCGGAAGCAGCUCUUCCCCGGGAAGAAUUACAUCCACCAGCUGCAGCUGAUCAUCACCGUCUUGGGGACGCCCCCGGCCAAGGUGGUCCACUCCAUCGGGGCGGACCGGGUGCGGGCCUACGUCCAGAGCCUGCCGUCGCGCCAGCCGGUGCCGUGGGAGAGCCUCUACCAGCACGCCGACCGCAAGGCCCUGUCCCUGCUCUCCAAGAUGCUGCGCUUCGACCCCCGCGAGCGCAUCUCGGUGGUGGAGGCGCUGAACCACCCCUUCCUGGCCAAGUACCACGACCCCGACGACGAGCCGGACUGCGUGCCGGCCUUCGACUUCGACUUUGACAAGCAGGUGCUGACCAAGGAGCAGAUCAAGGAGGCCAUCGUGGCCGAGAUCAACGACUUCCACGACCGCCGAGAGGGCAUCCGCCGCCAGAUCAGCUUCAAGCCGGCGCUGCGGCCGGCGGUCAUCGGGGGCUGCGUGACGGCCUCCGACCGAGGCCUGCUGCUCUGCUGCCAGGACGUCGACAUGCCCAGCGCCGGCUCGCCCAGGCCCAGGGACGGCGACUACGCCAUGGCGUCCCCCACCCCCUACCCGCUCCCGGAGACCAUUGACCUCACUUCUCCCCUCGCGACUGCUGCCGUCCCCCAGCCUGAGGUGAAGGCCGAAGCGGAGCCUCCCGCUGCCCCACCGAAACGGGAGGGAGCCAUCUCGGACGACACCAAGGCCGCCCUCAAGGCCGUCAUCUUGAAGUCGGCCCUCCGGAAUAAGAACAAAGAUACCCCGUCCGCCAUCCCAGAGACGCCCGAUAUCCGGAGGCCGGUGACGGCGAAGGAGCGCCAGCGCGAGCGUGAGGAGAAACGCAAGCGGCGUCAGGAGCGAGCCAAGGAGCGCGAGAAGCAGAAGAAGGAAAAGGAGAAGGAGCGCAAGGACAUGCUGACAGAAAACGACCGGAACCUUCUGGAGAGGUGGACCAAGAUGGUCGACCGGACCCAGAACAAGCCGGCCCAGAACGGCUCCGCAGUCCUGCCGCAGGCAGCCCCCCCCAGCCAUGUCCUGUCCCAAGUCCCCCCUGCCAACCCUCUGCCACCUCAGCAUGAAUAUCACUUGGACGUGGAAGGCCGCAUCCAUGGUCUGGAUUUUGACUCUCUCGCCUUGCCCGAGUGUGCUCGGGAAUGGGACGCCUGA